AUGGUGUGCAAGGCUUACAUUGUCAAAUGUAUGGUCAAUGAUCCACACCCUCCACUUCAUGAGUAUCAUCAGUCAGGAGACCUCAUCAUUGGUGGCAUUACUUCUCAGACCUUCAUUCUUUCCAGUUCCAUUGAAUUCACAGAGGAACCCCCACCAGCAUUAUAUGAUGACCUUCUUGUACUGACUAAGAAUUACCAGCACAUUCUGGCCUUGACAUUUGCGGCAAAGGAAAUCAAUGAAAACCCUCAGAUCUUACCUAAUAUCACUUUGGGUUUACGUGUCUAUGACAGCUAUUUCAAUGCAAAGUGGACAUAUCAUUCCAUGCUGCGUCUUAUAUCCUCACAGGAUAUAUUUGUCCCCAAUUAUCUCUGUGAUAUCCAGACUAACUUGAUAGCAGUCAUUGGGGGACUGGACCCUCUAACUUCUCUUCAUGUGGCAACUGUCUUGGAUAUUUACAAAAUAUUACAGGUCAUUUACGGUCCUGCUCCAGUGAUGAAUGAUAAAACUCCAGGACUUCUCUUUUACCAGAUGACACCAAAGGAAACCCUUCAGUAUGAAGGGAUUCUCUCUUUACUUCUACAUUUUAGCUGGACAUGGAUUGGGAUGGUUGUUAUGGAUAAUGACAAUGGUGAAAUAUUUGUGCAAACUGUAUUUCCAUUGUUUUCCCAGAGAGGUAUUUGCUUUGAGUUCAUAGAAAGAAUCCCACAAAUAACCUUUCUUUCUGACAUUAUGGACAUGCUGAAAGAUGGGGCAAAGAUACAUGAUAAAGUCAUGAAAAGCAAAACCAAUGUACUAGUGGCCUAUGGAGAUUCUUAUUCCAUUGCAUUUCUUAGAUUUAUGUCAUAUUUAUCAGUACUACAACUUGCAAUUAAUGCACCCAAAGGUAAGGUGUGGAUAGGAACAGUCCAGGUGCAGCUCACUUCAUUUGUCAUUCAAAGGACUUGGGAUCUAGAAAUAUUCCAUGGUGCAAUGUCUUUCACAAUUCACUCCAGUAAUCUACCAGGAUUCCACCAGUUUGUAGAGAGAAGAAACCCUACCCACACAAUAGGGGAUGGUUUUAUUCAGGAUUUCUGGGAACAGGUUUUCAGCUGUAUAUUCCCAAAUCGAGUUCUAGGCAAGUUGGAGGAGAAUAUUUGUACAGGAGAGGAGCAGCUGGAGAACCUUUCUGCAGCUCUAUUUGAAAUGAGGAUGACUAGCCACAGCUACAGCAUCUACAAUGCUGUCUAUGCAGUGGCCUAUGCUUUAGAUGAACUGUCAUCAUCUCGACUCAGACAGAAAAUGAAGAUGGAUAGAGGUGAACUGAAGCAUCGGAAUCAACGGAUGUGGCAGCUCCAUCACUUUCUGAGAGGUGUCUCAUUUAACAACAGUGCAGGGGACAUAAUUUCCUUUGACCAAGAUGGGGAGAUAGUGGCUGGAUUAGACAUUAUCAACUGGGUUGUUUCCUCCAACCAGUCCUUUGAUAGAGUGAAAGUUGGGCAGGUGGAUCCCCAGGUUGCUCCAGAUCAAGCAUUCACCAUCAAUAAAGAUGCCAUAGUAUGGCAUAGAUCGUUUAACCAGGAACAGCCUCUUUCUCUGUGCAGUGAGAGUUGCUAUCCUGGGUCCAGGAAGAAAAUGAAGGAAGGAGCAUCAUUUUGCUGCUAUGACUGCAUCCCAUGUCCAGAAGGGAAGAUUUCAAACCAGAAAGAUGUGAAUAACUGUCAUAAAUGCACAGAUGAAAAAUAUCCUAACAGACAUCAAGAUUUUUGUAUUCCAAAAGAUAUAAGUUUUUUGUCAUAUGAAGAACCUUUGGGACUCAGUUUAGCCAGCUUUGCCCUUUUCUUUUCUUCCAUCACAGCUCUGGUGCUACAAACAUUUAUGAAGCACCACAACACUCCCAUCGUCAAAGCCAACAACCGGAACCUCACUUAUAUUCUCCUCAUCUCCCUCCUGCUCUGUUUCCUUUCAGCGUUGCUAUUCAUUGCACGCCCCGAAAGGGUGAUUUGUCUUGUACGACAAAUUGCUUUUAGCAUUAUCUUCUCAGUAGCUGUUUCUUGUGUGCUGGCAAAAACUAUCACAGUGGUUCUGGCAUUCAAGGCCACCAGGCCAGGUUCCCGGACAAGGAAAUGGGUAGGAAAGGGCUUAGCCAACUCAAUUGUGCUUUCGUGCUCCCUUAUUCAAACAAGCAUUUGUGCUGUGUGGCUGACAAUCUCCCCGCCUUUCCCAGAUACUGACAUGCAUUCAGUAACUGAAGAAAUUGUACUGGAAUGUAAUGAGGGCUCUGUGACUAUGUUGUAUUGUGUUCUGGCCUAUAUGGGUUUCCUGGCAAUGGUUAGCCUGACUGUGGCUUUCUUUGCCAGGAAGUUACCUGACAGUUUCAAUGAAGCCAAAUUUAUCACUUUCAGCAUGCUGGUAUUUUGUAGUGUUUGGUUAUCCUUUGUUCCAACCUACCUGAGCACGAAGGGAAAAUACAUGGUAGCUGUGGAGAUCUUUUCUAUCUUGGCCUCCAGUGCUGGGCUGCUGGGCUGCAUUUUCCUCCCCAAAUGUUACAUUAUCGUGUUCAAGCCUGAGCUGAACAACAGGGAACAGCUAAUAAGAAGAAAGGACUAG